CGCGGACAUGGCUGCGGCGGCGGCGGCGGCCGCCGGCUGCGCCUGGGCCUGAACGCCCCGCGCCCUCCUGCCAGGCCGCGCUGCAGCCCGCGUGCUCGGCGGGGCCCCCGGCCCGGCGCCGGUCACCGUCCAGACACCUGGGGGCUGCGACCUGUCCAGCCGGCCUGGGCCGGAUUGCUCGGGAACCGGGCGUCAGGGGGCGCCAAGGAGCCAAGGGGGGGGGGAACCGUGAGGCGCUGGCAAGAGCCUCCCGGCCGUGCAACCCCCCCAUCCUCCCACCUCCCCGCGCCCCGCCCUGAGGUUGGGGCUUUGGAAGAUGCUGCCGGGAAAAUCAUUAAAUUUGGGGCUACAUCAAGAAUAGCAUCAUCUACAUAGACAUUCCUUUCUACAAUUUCAGAAAGUCUUUGAUAAAUAAUUGAGAAAAUGCAGAAGAUCUUGCAAACAGAUGAAAUUACCAACCCCCAAGCCCUUAGAAAAGGAAAAAGGAAACGGACAGAGACGAUGGACUCAGAGAACGCAAAUAGUGACAUGGAUAAAGGACAGAGACACCCGUUUUCAGGAAAUGCCUUUCUGCCUGGUGAGAGCUCCAGUGAUGAUGAAGAACCUUUAUCAGAAUUGUCCAAGGAGGAAUUAUGCACAAAAAUUAAAAACCUGAAACAAAAGCUCACGAACAUCAGGAAAGAAAACAGCCGGCUACGGCAGUCUUUGGUUAUGCUUCAAGUGUUACCACAGGCAGUCACCCAGUUUGAAGAAUUGGUUGGGAUGGCAGAGACUCUCCUUAAGGGUGGAGGAACCAUGUCUACGGCUGCAUCCACCCUCUGGAGAGCAACCAACAACUCCUCCCCGGAUUCCUUUGCCUCAACCUGCAGUAACUCUAAUUCUAAUUCCAGUUCACCAAUUUCCUUGAAAGCUGAAGAAGAGCCUCCCACUGAGGAGAAGCAGUUCAAGAUUGAAAAAUGGCAGAUUGCCCGCUGUAACAAGAGCAAGCCUCAGAAGUUUAUUAAUGAUUUAAUGCAAGUACUUUACACUAAUGAGUACAUGGCCACACACAGCCUGACUGGAGCAAAAUCUUCUACUUCGAGGGACAAGGCCGUAAAGCCAGCUAUGAAUCAGAAUGAAGUUCAAGAAAUCAUAGGAGUCACAAAGCAGCUAUUUCCCAAUACAGAUGAUGUUUCAAUUAGGAGAAUGAUAGGACAAAAACUAAACAACUGUACCAAGAAGCCAAAUCUAAGCAAAAAUCUUAACUCUCAGGAUAUUAAAUAGAUCCUUUUGGUUUGAUAGAUAGUUGAAGCAAAACAGCCUCUGUUUGAAGUCUGGCAGUGGAUUUUGUGGGAGAAUCUGCAACCUCCUUGGCAGUGAACAGAGACAAAAUGACAAGCCGUGAGACAUCUGUUUGGUGGCUGGGUGCUCCUGAUGGAACAAGCUUGCUGAAGAAACUGCAUGUAGAUUCUACCCUAAAUACCAGUGAUGCAUCGAACCAGAGACAUUUUAGCUGUCAAAUAAGCAUGAAGAAUGGUUUCUUUGGAAAUACGCAUUUCUCAUCCCAAAAGGCUUCUCUACAAAGCUAGUUAACAAGAUAGAGCUUUUUUAUCAUAGCAACAGAAAUCCCAGCCCAUGAGACUUCUGAUCAUUCUUAUCAGUCAUUAUCUAAUUAUUAUUGCCAAUGACUUCCCAUAGUGAUUUAUGGAUUUUUAGGAAAACAACUGUUUGGGAAAGUAAACAGUGAAAUAGGAAACGUUCACAAAAGUGUGAGUGACAAAGCCAGCCUAAAAUCUGAUAACCCCAUGUAGCCAAGGAAUAAUAUUCUAGCAAUAAAAAUUAGGAGUUUUUUCUGUUACCUGAAACUGAAUUAACUAAGCAUCUGAGGGCGUAAGAACAGCAAGAUCUCUUUGUUAAUAUUAAACUAUUCUACUACACUCCUAAAAAAAUGAAUAAAGCCAAGUUUUUGUUAUUGUGAAGAGAAUCCAUUAACUUUCCCCAACAAAUAUUGUUAUUUAUUCAUUUAUAUACUUCUAACUUUUUACUGAUCAAAGUAUACUAAACAUAGAUAUGUAAUAUAAAACAUCAAUAUCAUUUAAAACAUCCUGCAUAAGAUAGACUAUCCUCUGUAGUUGGUUGUAUUGUUUAUAACUUAGUUUUAACUGGUUUUAGUUCACAGUAGCAGAAGAAAAAAAAGAUAAAAUCAUAUGGGUUUGAGAAAAUUGCCAUUUUGUAAUGAAUUAAAGAGAAAACAUUUUAUCAAGAGACUUCAGUUGGUGAUGCUAUAAUACCAAGCCAUUCUUCUUCAGGGUGUAAGGAACCAUUCAAGUUUGGCAAAGAAAAUAUACACAAUGGUUAGAAAAUUCAGUACUGUAGACCCAGGGAACUGUCCAUAAAUGUUGCUUGAUAACAAAGUGAUUGUACAAAAUAAGGAUUAAUUCUUAAGGAAAUAAUUUACAUUAACAUUUACUACUUUUACUGAACUACAAAUACAUCCAUUAAAAGCAUAAAAAGCAUUUUCUUGUUUCUUUGUUAAUAAAAUUCAAGGGGGGUUGUUUUCUAGACCGCAGUCUUUUUCACCUUCACAUUGAGGUUUUAGGUAAUGAUUUUUUUUUUUUUUUUUUUUUGCUUUUUGGGUCACACCUGGCAAUGCACAGGGAUCAUUCCUGGCUCAUGCACUCAGGAAUUACCCCUGGCGGUGCUCAGGGGACCAUAUGGGAUGCUGGGAUUCGAACCCGGGUCGGCCGCGUGCAAGGCAAACGCCCUACCCGCUGUGCUAUCACUCCAGCCCCUAGGUAAUGAUUUUAAUGUGUGACUCUGACUUGUUUGUUUUGUAAAUAAUCACAUCCAGGGAGGUGAAAAUUACUAUUGAGAAAGGUGAGUCUUACUAAAAUGUUGCUUCCAGGGGUGGACAGGGCAUUUGCUUUGCACACAGCCGAUCCAGGUUCUAUCCCUGGCAUCCCUCCAUAUAUAGUCAGUCCCCCUGAGCAUGGCCAGGAGUGAUCCCUGAGUGCCAAGCCAUGAGUAAGCCCUGAGCAUUGCCAGGUGUGACCAAAAGAAAGCAAAAUAAAUAAAUAAAUAAAAGUUAUCUCACUUAAAAAAAAAACUACAUGGUAACACGUUUGCCUCCUACAUGUAAGUAAAAUUGACUUUGCAAAACAUUAUUCAAUUGAAAGAUCCACAGUCCUUCUUAAAGUAUUCUUCUGUGGACUUUUCUUAAAACAUAUUAUUCAAUUGUGACUUCUAUGGUCCUUUCUUAAGGUACCUUCUUUAAAGAAUUUUGAGAUAUGUUGAUAUUUUUAUAGGUAUUAGAACAUAUACCUUUUUAAUAGAAAAUACAGUUUCAUGAAUUCUAAAUGAGUUAUAAAUUAAAAAGCAAAUUCAUUAGGACACCUAGAAGGCAAUUGAUAUACACAUAUACUGUUAUGUAUGUAUGUCAAUACAUAUUUUAUAUAUUCACAUAUAUAAGAAUUUUAAAGACCUAGUAUUGACUAUACCAGUAAUGGUUCUAGUGGACUCUUUCAAUAGGAAUAUAACUUUCUGGGGUGCGAAAGGACCUCCACAGUGGUGCUGGGGGCCACCAGAAGGGUUCAGAAGGUGAAGUGGGAGCUAAAAUGAAACCUGGGCCUUGGAUGCACCAGGGAUAUGAGACAGUACAUUGAGCUAUUGCCCUAGCCUUAUGACCUUAUGAAUAUUACUUGUUUUAAUCACUUUUUCUCAUUCUGAAAAGAAAUCAAUUACUUUAUUAAUACCAAAUCAGUAUAAUUUUU